AUGCCAUAUAACUUACCUCCAGAUCUUUGUAUGAAGCAGUCUAAUAUACUUCUUUCGAUGCUUAUUCCUGGUCCUAAAGGACCCGGUGAUGCAAUUGACAUAUAUUUGCAACCAUUGAUCGAGGAAUUAAAAGAUCUAUGGGACACUGGUGUCGAGACCUUCGAUGCAGCAACUCAACAUCAUUUUAAUUUACGUGCAGCACUGAUGUGGAACAUUAAUGAUUUUCCAGCAUAUGCCAUGUUGUCAGGAUGGAGUACUAAGGGUUAUUUGGCAUGCCCUCGUUGCCUUAAGGAUACACGAUCAAUGAGACUAUCUCAUGGGGGCAAAGAAUGCUACAUGGAGCAUAGAUGUUAUUUGCCAAAGAACCAUAGAUGGCGGAAGGAUAAGGAUUCAUUUGACGGAAAAGUUGAGCAUGGUCUACCUCCUGAACCUUGUUCAAUUGAUGAAAUUCUUCGUCAACUCGAGGAUCUCGAGAACAUUGUUUUGUCCAAGGAUCCACAUGUGAAGACAAAAAUAAAUCAUGAGCUUAGGGGUGAUAAUUGGAAUAAGAAAAGUAUUUUCUUUGAGCUUCCAUACUGGAGGAAACAUUUGUUACGGCACAAUUUAGACGUGAUGCAUAUUGAGAAAAAUAUAUGUGAUAGUGUUCUUGGGACAAUUAUGAACAUCAAAGGGAAGACUAAAGACACUAUAAAAUCACGUCAUGACUUGGAAGCUAUGGGGAUAAGGCCACAUUGCACCCAGUCAAAGAAGGGGACAAAUAUAAGAUGCCUCCAGCACCGUUUAAAGAGCCAUGAUUGCCAUGUAAUACUCGAACAUCUACUUCCUUUGGAAAUACGUGGUCUACUCACUCCACUUGUACGUGAAGCACUGAUUGAGCUAUCAAGGUACUUUACCUUAUUAUGUGCUAAAGUACUUAAAGUGAGUGAAUUGAAGCAACUAGAGACCCAAAUUCCUAUCACUCUCUGCAAAUUAGAGAAGGUUUUUCCUCCCUCGUUCUUUGAUGUGAUGAUGCAUUUGCCAAUUCAUUUAGCCAAUGAAGCUAUGAUCGGAGGUCCUGUUCAGUUCAGAUGGAUGUAUCCUAUUGAACAAUAUAUGUAUAAGCUUAAAUCUUAUGUACGAAAUAGGGCUCAUCCAGAAGCAUCAAUUGUGGAGGGCUAUUUAGCAGAUGAGUGUAUGACCCUUUGCUCAAGGUAUAUGCAUAAUAUAGAAACAAGAUUUAAUCGCCAGGAACGAAAUUAUGAAAAUGCAAACGGCAGUGAUGAAGCCUUCGAUAUUUUCAGCCAUUCUGGUAGAGGUUUAGGAGCUCCAACUGUUAUAAGUGUUCCCAGGCGUGAAAUGGAUCAAGCUCACGAUUACAUUUUGAAGAACUGCGACGAGGUUCAACCUUUCCUACAAGAGUAUUCUGAAACUCAUCCAAUAGAUGAUUCUGGGAUCACCGAAGAGGAAUGGAGCGAGAAUUUUAGAAAAUGGUUUAAGGAUGAAGUUGCGCUCUUAUAUGAGAAUAAUAAGAGCAAGGAAAUAGAAAAUCUCCUCUCACUUUCACGUGGACCAACUGAAUAUGUAACAUCUUUUAGUGGUUAUGUUGUAAAUGGAUACAGAUUUCGUACCCAAAACCUUGAUAAGAAUUUGAGAACACAAAAUAGUGGCGUGGUUGUGUUAGGAAAUACGGGUGAUGGAGAUGAGAACAUGGAUUAUUAUGGAGUUGUAACAGAAAUUUUAGAGAUACAAUAUCUCGGAGGAAACCGGAUUGUGCUAUUUCGGUGUAACUGGCAAUUAAAAACUGAUGAACCAUUUAUCUUAGCUAGUCAAGCAAGACAAGAUUUUUAUGCCACCGCCAACAUUAACAAAGGUUGGGUUAUUGCAUCAAAGACUCAACCGCGCAACUUGUUAGAUGAUGACAGUGAUGUUGAUGAGCAAAGUGAAGCAUACCAACAGAGUGAAUUUGAUAGACCAACAUAUGUUGCAUCUUCCUCUACAAGUGCAAGUAGUGAAAUAUGUAGAAGUCGGGCUAGCAUAGAUCCCAUUAUUGUGGAAGAUAUUUCAAUCAAAAGUGGAGAACAACAAGCUCCUGUGAAGAGGAGAAGAGAGGAAUGA